UUCCAUGAAAAUUUAAUAGCUGCUCCAAUAAAUGCAGCAUAAUGUUGACACUAAUAGCAGCUAUUUCAAAUACGUCAACCAUGUCAACGGAAGCAUGAAAAUGAUCUCGCAUUUUAAAUGCUUAGCUGCAUGAAAGGCACCAACCCAUUGCAAUGAAAAAAUCCCUUUAAUAUUUUGUUGUCGUUUGUUGUAGGACACGCUAAUGAUGUCUUCACAUCUAUAGUUUCUUUAGUUGUCCUUAACUUUCUUUGAUCUGAUUUUAGAGAAUCUCAUAAAGGUCCCUCGCAAAGUCACGACUUGAUACAUGAGCUAAACUAUCUACUCUAAGCAGACAGCAGUAGUAAUCUGUCGCUAUGCAUCACAGUGGGUUAUCAGCCUAACAGCAGACCAGUAAUAUUCUCAAUUUUCUUGUCAUUCACGUUUCAAUCUUUAAUCGAUAUUCGUUAUCAUUUAUUGCUUGCUAAACAUUCAUACGACGGUCAAGACCCUUAAAAUUCUACAUUACAGUUUGUGCGGCGUAAAAGAUCUUAUCAAAAUGAAUUUAUUCUGUAACUUAUUACUAACUCUUUCAGUAACAGAAGUUCCUUUAGUAAUCGAUAUCCUCAAGCAUAAAAAUAUUAAAAAUGCUGUCUUAUUUCAAUGUUACGAUAACCAUUUCGUGAGUGGUAUCCAUAAAAUAUUCAACGAUAACAAUAUUCUCAUAGCGGGUUCUAAAAUAAUUUCCAAUGGAACGUACAUUAUACCACUGGACCGUAAGAAGACUGGGAUAGUGGUAGACACUUCCUGUGAGGGCUGGAAUUCUGUUUUGGACUCAAGAACGGUAUCAUUUAAAGAUUAUUCAUUCAUUAUAAUCGCGGAACAUUUGUCGCCAAUUUUAGAGGCCUUGUCUCGAUAUCCAAUAUUAGUGGACUCCGAUGUUAUAGUCGCUCAUAAGCUGAAUCAGUCCUACAACUUGUACGAAGUGUACAACACGGGCUUUAAAUUAAAGGGUAAAUAUGUAAUCAGAUUGGUUGGCCAUUGGAAUUCUUCAUUAUACAUCGAGGACUUGAACCGAUGGGACCUGGGCGGCGCGUUCGUUAAAACAGCGGUAGUUGUAAUAAAUCCGACUAAGUUAACGAACCAGACCACAGAACAGUACAUGGAAAAGCCUAUUCGCAUGCAGGUCAAAGUUGAUACGGUGCAUAGAAUGAAAUUUUUCAUUUUACUAAAGUAUAUGCGAGAUAUGUACAAUUUUCGGUUCGACAUGCAUCGCGUACAUUCAUGGGGUUACAAACGCAACGGCACGUUCGAUGGUAUGGUGCACGCUUUGUACUGCGGUCAGGCGGAACUAGGAGGAGCUCCCAUCUUUUACAGGAUCGAUAGAUGGGAGCUUGUGCAGUACGUUUCAGAGGUUUGGACGUCUAGACACAGCUUCAUCUUCCGUCACCCGAAGUACCCGGGCGGUUUCUACACCAUCUACACUCGUCCGCUGAGCGGGAUAGUCUGGUACUGUGUCAUCGCCAUGCUGGUGGUGACGGCAGUCAUACUGUGGGCCAUGCUGCUUGUGCAGAACACCUGGGGGGAUAAUGAAGACUCCUCGUUAAGUUUAGCUGGAAUCAUUAUUUGGGGAGCGAUUUGUCAACAAGGUAUCGCUAUAAACCGCGAGUCGACCUCUACAAAACUGCUGAUAUUCAUCACGUUCAUGUAUGCGGUGACUCUAUAUCAGUACUACAACGCUACUAUAGUGUCGUCCCUACUGUUAGAAGCGCCAAGGAACAUAAGAACGCUGAAGGAUCUUUUGGAUAGCGAUUUGAAGGCUGGAGCUCAUGAUAUUGUGUAUAAUUAUGACUAUUUCAAACGUACCACAGACCCAGUAGCCAUAGAACUGUACCACAAGAAGGUUGUAACAGCCACCCAACACAACUACUUCCCAGCGGAAAAAUGCAUGGACUUAGUAAGAAGAGGAGGCUACGCCAUACAUAUCGACACAAGUGUUGCGUUCCCUUUGAUAAAGGCCACGUUUAACGAGCGAGAGAUUUGCGACACUACUUUAGUUCAGAUGUACCCGUUGCAGCGAAUGGGCGUCGUGAUGAGGAAGAACACGCAGUAUAGAGAACAUGUUGCUUAUGCCAUACGCAGAUUCUCCGAAGCGGGCUUACCUCAGCGCUUGCGCGCCGACGUAGACGAGCCGAUGCCGGAAUGUGCUCACACGCCGGACUCCAGCGUCUUCUGUGUGGGCAUCCGCGAGUUCUCCACGCCGCUGUUGGUGCUGGCUCUAGGCAUGAUCCUGUCUAUAAUGCUAUUGAUAUGCGAGAUUGUAUUGCAUAGAGUGGUUCAGAGGGCGGGGUUGAGAGAUUUUAUAAAUUGACUUAGUUUGUUACCAUAUUGAUAGCAAAUUAUGUCCUGCAAUCAUCUAACUCUUUCUUGCAACAAGAACGCUUUAAAAUGCGGAUACUUGUUCUACCAUCAGUAGACCAUUUGGUAGAAUAACUCUAUCUUUUUAGAAACUGCACCCUGUGUGUCAUAUUUUUAGAAGUCUUAUAGGUGGCUUAGAUUAAAAAAAAUACGUAGUCUAGUUCUAGUCAAAAACACAUAGCCGUCAAACGUUAAGAAUAAAUAAACGAAAAAUAAUCUUCCAUCAGUUUUAUUAUUUUGGGUACAUAACUUCCUCGCGUUACACAGAUACACUUCAGAGUGGACUUGUGAAAAAAUUACAAACAUCCAAAACUGCAGGGAUAUCCACGUUCAUAAUAAUUUAUACUAUUAUCAUGUAUGUAUAUAAUACACGGCAGUGUGGCUGACUGACGCUGGAACGAGUCGGCCACAUUACUCGAAUGAAGUUUACAUAAGAUCAGUACAUGGCUGACUAUGAGACGAGGGAUAAACACAUUGCCAGACGCAAUAUAUUAAAACUCCUUUAAACGCAGCUCUUUGGCUAUUUAAAACAUUGUGAUGUAACAAAUGGUCAGAACAUUGUGUUUAUCGCCCGCCUCUAGAGCCAGUCAAAUAAUUAAUCAAUGUACAAUAUUAAGCUAACGAUCAUUUAUAUAUAGGUAUAUAAAUGAGGAUGUUUAACGCUGCACUGAAUACAAACAAGAGUCCGUUUAUUUGUCAGUAUUGUUCGCAAUGCAAGCUCACAACGCAGCGGGAGCUCCGUCGUCCGCGGCGGCAACGCAAUAUAAACACUAUGGAUGCACAACAAGAUUCAAACUCGAAUAACAAUGAAUGUUAAACUCACAAUAUCAAGUAACUAUUUAGAAAUUAUAACACGCAUAUAGUACCAUUAGUUUGGUUAUCAAACAGAACGUCACAUUAUUUAAUUUCGUGCUAUUUUGUAUGGUUAUCAAUACAUCGAUAUCGGUAAAACGUGUGGUUUUGUUACCACAUUUCUUAAUAAAUAGUUUACAUGUAGUUACAAUUUAGUUAUGGCAUAACCUAUAUGAUGGGAAAUGUAAUGAUCUCGUUCAGGACUGCCUCGAUAGUACAUAGCUGCAUUAUGCAGAGAA